AUGAACGGGCUCCCUCAACCCAUCUCCGCGCCGUACGACCAGCCGUCGCCCUUGACCGCACCGCGUCCACAGCCACCGCCGUCCCAGAUCCCGAGCGAGAACCUCACAGCAACUGCAGACGCGUGGGGACGAGGAUCGACUGCCUCACCUGCACCUCCGCCUGCCGUCAGCGCUUUGCAACCCAACAUGCCGCCUCCGCCUCCGCCGCACCAGCCUGGAGCGGGAAUGUAUGGCGCACCUGGACCGUACGGAGGAGGAGCGAGUUACCUCGGAGCAGGAGCAGGAGGCUCCCACCUCGCACGGCCAGCGAGCUAUUCCGUCGGCGGGAGUGCAGUAUCAGGCGGGUACGGCCCUCCUCCGCCGAGCACGAUGCACGCCCGUCCCGCCUCGUACGCCGCCGGCGUCCCCUCCGCCUAUCCGCCCGCCAGCAACGCCUACUACCAGCCUCAACCGCCUAUGCCUCCUCCUCCUCUCCCUUUUACGAUGCCACAGCCCGGCUACCUCUCCGCAACGCCUUCUCCCAUGCUCGGUGGCGGCCAGCCCGCGAGCGGCUUCGUCUCCCGCCCUCCGCGAGUCGCGAGCAUGCAGCCGGGCGACUUUGCUGCGCUGCAGAGCGGUAUGGACGCGAUGAGCUUGGGGAGCGCGACGCCUGCGCUUGGAGGAUACGUGACGGGCGGUCCAGGAGGUCGUCCAAACUACUACGCCAACCCGGAAGACGGCCCGCCGCACAAGCUUGCCGUCACGCAGCCGGACCAAAAGCUGCUUGCGUCAAUGCGGGAAACGGCGCACGCAGGCGGAGGCGACAUGCAGAAGAAGGUUGCCUGGGCCAAGCAGGUCCUCAAGUUUAUUGAGCGGCAUCAGUCGUCUGCUGGCGAGUCUUCGCGGAUCACCGACCCGACUCUCGUUCGCUGGACGGACGAAGCCCUCAACCACAUCCUCGCCUCUGCCUCAUCGCCCAACCCCGUCCCGCUCGCCCUUUAUCUUCGCGGCGAGCUCUCCUCCUCCGGCUCGUUCCCUUCCUACCGCUCGAAGGACGCCAAAUCCUCCUUCCGCGACUUUGAAGCCGCCGCGAAUGCCGGCUACGUCAAGGCCUGGUUCCGCAUCGGCCGAGCGUACGAGGACUACGGCGAUAUUCGGCGGGCUGUCGGCGCAUACGAGAAGGGCGUCGAGAAGGGCUGCUGCGGCAGCACGUACAGACUUGCCAUGGCGUACCUGCUGGGCCAGAUCGGCGUCACGGCGGACGUGCCCAAGGCGCUCGGGCUAUUGAGGCGGGCGGCGGACUCGGCAGACCUGGACACCCCUCAGCCCCCUUACAUCCUUGGCAUGCUCCUCUGCGGCGAGUUUGACGCGCCCUCCGUCCAGCUCAACAAGUCGCUCAUCCCGAUUGACAUUGACGAGGCGAAAUGGCGAGUCGAGCGGUCGGCGUACCUUUGCUUCGGUCCGGCGCAGUACAAGAUGGGCUACGCUUACGAGUAUGCGACACUCGGAUGCUUGUUCGACCCGCUACUGUCUGUGCAGUACUACGCGCUCGCUUCGCAAAAUGGCGAGGUCGAGGCCGACAUGGCUCUGUCAAAGUGGUACCUCUGCGGCUCCGAAGGCAACUUCGAGAAGAACGAGGCGCUCGCCUUGACGUUCGCGGAGAAGGCGGCGGCUCGACAGCUUCCUGCGGCCGAGUUUGCGCUCGGCUACUUCGCCGAGGUCGGGUUGUCGGGUGGAGUCGACAUCGAGAAAGCGAAGCGGUGGUACAGCCGGGCCGCUGGCCACGGCAACGACGAUGCCAAGAAGCGCCUCGAGGCGUUGCAGCUCUCGAACCCGGAGACGCUCAACCGCAACGACCACGACGCCAACGUCGAGACGAAGCUCAUUCGCAAGCGCACCGCCGCCAGGAUUCGCUCGGACGAACAGCGCGAGCGCCUCGCCUCCUCGAAGCUUGCCGCAUCGCUCUCAGGCGCCAACCUCGGUCCCGGUCCAGGCGGCCACGUGCCUCCGCCCGUCAACGUCCCGCUAGCACAGGCGCAGUACCAGCACGGCAUGCGACCUCCGAGUGGUCAGCCAGGCGCGUCGUACCCGUCGCAAAGCCUUCGACGGAACCACACGAUGCGUCAGGUUGAGGAGGCGGCACGGAUGGGUCCUCCUCCGCCGGGCACACCGAACCCAAUGAACCCGAUGCGUCCAACCCCCGGUCGUUACCCUUCGCCUUCGCCAUCUGGACGUCAAGGAUACCAGCUUUCGGAUGCCCCGCCGAGUCAGCGACCUACUCCGCAGCAGCAGCACCAGCAGCCGAUGCGGCCGCCGCCUCAGCAACAGCAGCAGCAGCAGCAAGGUCGACCGCAAGGUAUCCAGGUUCAAGCUGCGCCGGACAAGCACAAGCCCGCUACUUUCGCCGAGAUGGGCAUCGCGACGCAGAAGGCGAAAAAGGACGACUGCAUCAUCGCCUAG